UUGCGACUCGUGCUCCAAUGUAUAUACUUCUGUUGGUAACAGUUGCUGUGACUGUUUGUGGAAAUCUGCUCGUCAUCAUUUCAAUAUCACAUUUUAAACAGCUUCAUACGCCAACAAAUUACCUUACCCUCUCUUUGGCAGUAGUUGAUUUUCUCUUAGGAGGGUUUAUAAUGCCACCAAGCAUGAUAAGAACUAUUGAAACCUGCUGGUAUUUUGGGGAGUUGUUUUGCAAGAUUCAUACCAGCACAGAUGUCAUGCUUAGCACAGCUUCUAUUCUUCAUCUUUCUUUCAUUUCAGUCGAUCGUUAUUAUGCUGUAUGUCAUCCUUUAAACUACCAAACAAAGAUAACUGUGUUUGUCACACUGAACAUGAUUUUAGUUAGUUGGAUUCUGUCAGCAAUGGUUGGGUUUGGCAUGAUAUUUCUUGGCUUGAAUAUCAAAGGAAUUGAAGAUUUCUACUACAAAAAUCUUAACUGUGUAGGGAGUUGCACAUUAAUUCAAAGUGAAGCGUCAAGCAUGGUUUCAUCUUUGCUUUCUUUCUAUAUACCAGGACUUGUUAUGAUAGGUAUUUAUGUAAAGAUUUUCAAAGUGGCAAAGCGACAGGCUCGAUCAAUUAGAGAUUUGUCUGAACAAAGAGCUACAGCUACUGACAACAAGAAUAUGGCCUCGAGCAAGAGAGAGAGAAAAGCUGCAAAGACACUGGCAACAGUCAUGGGAGUUUUUCUCGUUUGCUGGCUGCCUUUCUUUGUGUGCAACAUUAUAGAUCCAAUUUUAGCAUUCUCAACACCGCCGUCACUGGUGGAUGCACUUGUUUGGUUCGGCUACUUGAAUUCAACCUUUAAUCCUCUUGUUUAUGGAUUCUUUUACAGCUGGUUCAGAAAAGCCCUGAAAAUAAUUGCAUAUGGUAAAAUAUUUCAAAAUAAUUCUUCCAGAACUAGACUUUUUAUUGAAUGA